CCAUGGAGCAGUACUGUGGUUUAAUCACUGGCAACAAGGAGUCAGUGCCACUGAAGAGCAUCUCAGUAACCCUGUCCAUCAAUGACUUUGUGGCUAGUGUCUCUGCAACCUUAAAUUAUGAGAAUGAGGAGAAAGUCCCCCUGGAGGCAAUCUUUGUGUUCCCCAUGGAUGAAGACUCUGCUGUGUACAGCUUUGAAGCCUUGGUGGAUGGGAAGAAAAUUGUGGCUGAAUUGCAGGAAAAGAUGGAGGCCCAUAGCAUCUAUGAGGAUGCCUUCUCCCAGGGCUACCAAGCUUACUUAUUGGAAGAGGAUGACUACUCCAGGGAUGUCUUUUCUUGCAAUGUGGGGAACCUCCAGCCUGGGGCCAAAGUGGCAGUGACCCUGAGGUAUGUGCAGGAGCUGCCUCUGGAGACAGAUGGGGCCCUGCGCUAUGUGCUCCCAGCCAUCUUGAAUCCAAGAUACCAGCUCUCUGAACAGUCAGCAAAGAGUUGCUUGAAUAUAAAGACUCCCAUGGUCCCUUUGGAGGACCUUCCCUACACACUCAGCAUGGUUGCUACCAUCACUUCCCAGCAUGGCAUUGAGAGGGUCCAGUCCAACUGCUCCUUGAGUCCUUUGCAGUACCUGGCUGAUGACAAGACAUCUGUUCAGGUUUCCUUGGCUGAAGGACACAAGUUUGACCGGGAUGUGGAACUCCUGAUUUACUACAAUGAAGUGCACAGCCCCAGUGUAGCUGUAGAGAUGGGGAUGCAGGACAUGAAGCCAGAUAGUUUAAUGGGAGCUCCUUCUGCAAUGGUGAGCUUUUAUCCAGAUGUCCCAGAAGUGGAGGCCACAAAGGCCUGUGGAGAAUUCGUGUUCCUCAUGGACCGCUCUGGAAGUAUGGAAUCCCCGAUGAACAACCAGAUAGAUUCUCAGUUACGUAUAGAAGCUGCCAAGGAAACUCUGUUGCUGUUGCUGAAGAGUUUACCUAUGGGUUGUUAUUUUAACAUCUACGGAUUUGGAUCUUCCUUUGAAAAAAUCUUUCCGGAGAGUGUGAAGUACACCCAGGAAACAAUGGAAGAGGCAGUGGAAAGAGUUAAGGACCUAGAAGCAGACUUAGGGGGAACUGAAAUCUUGAAACCACUACGCAAGAUUUACAAGGCACCCUCUAUUCCUGGCCAUCCGUUACAACUGUUUGUCUUCACUGAUGGGGAAGUUAGUGACACAUUUACUGUCAUUAAUGAAGUUCUGUUUAACAGCAAAAAGCACAGAUGCUUCUCAUUUGGUAUUGGAGAAGGAGCCUCCACCAGUUUAAUCAAAGGCAUUGCCCGGGUAACAGGGGGCACCGCAGAGUUUAUCAUAGGCAAGGACAGGAUGCAAACCAAGGCUCUUGGGUCUCUGAAAUUAGCUCUGAAUAGUUCAGUGGAUGACAUUUCUCUGAGCUGGGAUUUGCCUCCUUGUCUGUCAGCUUGCAUACUUUCUCCAAAGCAGACUGCCAUUUGUAGGGGUCAGAGGUUAAUCAUCUAUGCCCAACUAACUGGGACUAUGCCUCAAGAAGAGAGCUCAGGAGAAGUGUGCUUCAAGUAUACCUUCAAGGGUAGGAGUCUUGAAAACAGGGUGACAUUUUCCUUACAACCCAAGACAAAUGCCAGCUUCACUAUUCAUCGGUUGGCUGCAAAGUCGUUGAUCCAGACCAAGGACUUGGGCUUCCAUGAGACUUCAGAAAGAGCGAAAAAGGAUGUGGCAAGCAUCAGCAUUCAGUCUGGAGUCCUCAGCUCCUUCACAGCUUUCCUCGCCAUAAACAAGGAGCUCAGCCAGCCAGUACGGGGGCCGGUCACUCAAAGGGAGAUUCCAAGGCCUGUCAUGUCUACAUCACAUCGUUCAUAUAAAGUUAAGCUUUGUGGCAGGAAAGGCUCAGUCAGGAGAAUGUUACAGCAAUGUGCAGCAGCUGAUCUUAAACUUGGUGAACCCGAAUUUUCAAGUCCUAGGAAGAAAAACACAGAAUCCUUGAGCGUGACAGAAAAGUCAUAUUCUUCCACCAAGAAAAAUGAGGAUAAAGUUUCUCACAAAGGUUUUAGAGAGAAUCUUCUUAUGCAACUGAUUUCACGCCAAAAAGGAAAUGGGUCCUGGGAACUGGAUGAGGAUCUGGCCAAGAUCCUGCGCACUAACUUGGAAGACAUCAUGACUGCAAACCCUGUCAAGGAUGGGGACCCCUCAACCUGGGCCACAGUACUGGCUGUACUCUGGCUGCAUGCCAACAGCGAGGACUUGAAGUGUGAGUGGGAGCUUCUGGAAAGGAAGGCUGUGGCCUGGCUUCAUGACCAUGCAGGUUCCUCCAUCCCCAUGCUCUUGCACGCUGGCAGUAAUCUCCUGAAGUUACCUGUGACCCCAGCCAUCUUUGGCUUCUGAGGAUGCCAUCCAUGAUCAAGAGUGUUU